AUGAAGAAGUUUUUGCAAAACAAAAAAGGCAGAUACUCUUUCCGACGGGGCUCUCGGUAUCCAUCUAAAGAUUUCUUCCUCAGCAUGCCGUCGUCCAACCAGGGCUGGCCUGACGAGUUCGGCUUCCAGCUUGGAGGAACUGGACCCAGUUACAUCCUGUCUGUGGAGGAGGGCAGCAGUGCUCACCUGGCGGGGUUGCAGGCAGGGGACCAGGUCCUGGAGAUCGAGGGCCACAAUGUGUCAACGCUCGGUCCCCAAGCUGUUGUCGCCAUCGCCCAGACUCAGAAGAACAUCCCUCCCAGUAUCGGAGUGGUGUCCCGCAUACAGCAGAUGGACAUCAUACCUGGUCCAGACGGUCGUUUUGGGUUCACCAUCGUGGGAGACUGCCCCCUGCUGGUAGAGGACUGCUCGCCUUGCUCUCCAGCCGGACGCGCAGGUCUGAGGGCCGGGGAUUACGUCAUGGAGGUCAACGGCAUCCCCGUCAGGCAGCACGAGACGGCCGCGGCGCUGAUCAAAGCCUCCCAGGGGAGGACGCUCCGACUCGGGGUGCUGUGUCUCGGCCCGAGGCAGAAACACAGCAUCAGCAUAGAGGACAGUCAGACGGGAGGAGAGGGAGCGAGACUGGACCGUAAACAUAAAGCUCUGGAGUUCAACAGGAGGGUUGACCAGAUUUUAGGUGACGAACCUGAAGUGAAAGAGAAACUCUUCACUGUGCUGAAGCAGUACGCAGCCGAGAAGAGAGUUGAGUGGUUGGCCUCGGUCCUGCCCGACAUACUCGCCACUGAUGAGCAUCGGCAGCUCAUCUCCAACAUCAGAAUCUUCAUCCCCAAGAAGCACCGGCAGCGCUUCGACGAGUCCGUGUCACAGAACGUGAUCAACCGAAUCUGCCGCAGCAAGAGCAUCAGUGAGCCGCAGGGCAGAGUCCGGCGCAGUCGGAGCGAGGAUCACUCCGACCGACACCAUGGGUCCAAACGGGCCAGCUCAGUGCCCAGAGAUGGAGAACCCGGGGGGAGGGGGGAGGCGGAGAGAGACAGGGGCUUAAGAAAGUCCGUCUCUGGGAUGCCCGCACAUCCCCCCAUCGGACCCAAUCAGAGGAUCGUUCGUGUCUACCGGGGGAAGAAGAACUUCGGCUUCACGCUCCGAGGUCACGCCCCCGUCUGCAUCGACUCCGUUAUCUCAGAUAGUCCUGCUGAGGAAUGUGGAAUGAAAACAGGCGACCGUAUCCUCUUCCUCAAUGGACUGGACAUGAGGAACUGCUCCCAUGAGAAGGUGGUGUCCAUGCUGCAGGGCAGCGGGGCGAUGCCCACCCUGGUGGUGGAGGAGGGUCCGUCUGAGUACUCCUCAGACCAAACCGACCCAGAGGAGUCUCCAAGCCUGGCCCCCGCAACGCUACCGCGCUCCAGGUCUCCAGCCCUCAGUUCUCUGCAGUGGGUGGCAGAGAUUCUUCCGCCGAGCAUCAAAGUCCACGGGCGGACCUUCAGCCAGCAGCUAGAGCACCUUCUGACCAUCCAGGAGAGGUACACAGUCUGCAAGUCCCUGGAGACCUUCUUCCAGCACAGGAAUGUGGACACUCUGAUCGUUGACGUGUUUCCGGUGUUGGACACUCCGGCCAAACAGCUGAUCUGGCAGUUCAUCUACCAGCUGCUGACGUACGACGAACAGGAGCGCUGCAAGGGAAAGCUGUCACGCUUCCUGGGUAUCAAGAGCAACGUGUUGGAGCCUGACGUAGGCCCGGAGCACCACCGGCGGAGCAGCUCCAUGCGCGUGACUGGCACGUCGUACCGCGGCAUCGUCCGAGAGAGGAGCUCUGACGACUGCAUCAUCGGGACUCACCUGGGAAUGGGAAUUCAUGUGGAUGAAUCCGGGAGCCCGGAGGAGAGGCAGUCAGGAGACGGAACCUCCUUCCCCGAGUCCCCUGACCUCAGUCAUAUGACAGGGGUGUACACGGAGCUGGAGAACGUGUACGCAGGGAAGGGUGUGCCGCACAUGCAGGGCUGCUCCUCAGCAGAGCCAGAGGGCCCGGGACAGCCUGAGGCCUACGGGCGCUCUCUCUCCCCCCUAACACUCCCCCCUCUCACAGGUAGUCGUAAAUCUGGCCUGUCCCUGUCCUGGAAGGAGCCUCUCCCCACUACAGUGUAUGAGAUCCACCACCAGAGCAGCGUGGACUCCAACCCCUACGUCAGCCUGGAAAGCCCCCCCGCUUCCCCUCAGCACUCGGAUGGCAAUCCCAACACGCUGACCCGCCGCAAGAAGCUGUUCACCUUCUCCCGCCCGCCUCGAAGCCGGGACACGGACAAGUUCCUGGACGCUCUGAGCGAGCAGCUGGGCCACCGGGUCACUCUGGUGGAUGACUUCAUACCUGGGGAGAAUGACUACGAGGAGAUAUAUGAAGGUGGUUGUCAUGGUUUCAGAAGAAGCGGGGUGCCUAUGAGUUUCCAGGAGGACCAGGACUCGGGCUUCAUGCCUCGCCAGCUCAGCAGUGGCAGUGAGGACCAGAGCAGCAGCGACGAGGCCUCCUCCCCCUCCUACUCCUCAGGAUCUGAACCCAUCCCGCCGCCUCCCACCCAGAGCCCCCCACCUCCCCCGCCUUUCCAGGCUCUGAUACCGCCUCCUGUUCAGUUCACCGACCCCCUACCGCCAGUCCGCUUCUCCCCGGAGCAUGUCCCCCGCAGCCGCAUGCCCUUCCAGCCGCACCACCCCAUCAUCCCCCCCCCGCCCCCACCGAGGACCCUUCUGUCCAGCCGCUGUCCUCUCAGCAAAGUGCUGCCCACCAGAGAAGAAGCGGAGAAAACUCACCAUCGCUUUCAGACCACCACCUCGACCCGCCUCUCGCACAACCACACCACCCUGGGUACCACCACCACCCUGCGCUCCACCCAGCCUUCUCGCCCCUGCUACCUCCCCCGGCAGCUCAGCCAGCCCCAGCCUAUAGUCCAGCCCUCCCCCCAGCCCUCCCCUCAGCCGCUGAGACCGAGCCAGCUGGUCCUCCAGAGACACCACCAGCUCCACCACCAACACAGCUACCAGGGCCCGCUGCCGCCGUCCCUCCAGGAACACGGCUCGUCACAGUGUCAGAGCCAAGGCCUGACGGGCUCCAGGCUGCUCUCCAAGCCUCCGGCCUCUCACUCCACCCUCCCCAGUCCCACUAAAACCUAUGAAACCCCACGACAGGAACACCAGUCACAACAGGCACCGCCGCCCCCACCUCCACCCCUCCCACCACCCUGCGAUCCGCCUCCGCUGCCCAAGCCGGGCAACCACGCCUCGGACACCAACCACAUGAGUGUGAAGAGGCUGCGCUGGGAGCAGGUGGAGAACUCUGAGGGAACGAUAUGGGGUCAGCUCGGAGAGGACUCAGACUAUGACAAGCUCACUGACAUGGUGAAGUACUUGGACCUCGAUCUGCACUUUGGGACUCAACGCCGAUCCAUCUCUCCUCCAGAGCCAGCCUUCUUGCCAGAGAACUUUAAAAAGAAAGACGUGGUGGAGAUUCUGUCUCAUAAGAAAGCCUACAACGCCUCCAUCCUCAUCGCCCACCUGAAGCUCUCCGCCAGCGAGCUGCGUGAGGUCUUGAUGAACAUGACCACCGACAGGCUGGAGCCCGCCCACAUCAAGCAGCUGCUGCUCUACGCCCCCAAUGACGAAGAGGUCAAACAGUACGAGCAGUUUGAACAGGACCCGGCCAAACUGAGUGAGCCCGACCAGUUCAUCUUUCAGAUGCUGAUGGUGCCCGAGUAUAAAACCCGUCUGCGAAGCCUCCACUUCAAGACCACCCUGCAGGAGAGGACGGAGGAGAUGAAGGUUGCGUACGAUUACAUCUACAAGGCUUCAGUGGAGCUGAAGAGCAGCAAGAAACUGGCCAAAAUCCUGGAGUUUGUACUUGCAAUGGGGAAUUACCUAAACAACGGCCAGCCCAAGAGCCACAGGACAACCAGUUUUAAGAUCAACUUCCUAACUGAGCUAAGCACAACGAAAACAGUAGACGGGAAAUCCACCUUCCUCCACAUUCUGGCCAAGUCUCUGUGCCAACACUUCCCUGAGCUGCUCAACUUUUCCAUGGACCUCACAACAGUGCCACUGGCAGCCAAGGUGAACCAGAGGGCCAUCACAGCAGAGCUGAGUGACCUUGGCACCACCAUCCUGGACAUCAGGAAGGCCUGUCUGAAGAUCCCACCCACCUCUGAAGACCACUUUGCCUCUGUCAUGAGCAGCUUUUUGGAGAACAGCCACCCUGCGAUCCAGUCCCUGGAGUCCCUGCAGACCCAAGCAAUGGAGGAGUUCUCCAAGGUGGCCUCCUUCUUCGGAGAGGAUAGCAAGUCCGCCAACACAGAGUCCUUCUUCGGCAUCUUUGCAGAGUUCAUCUGCAAGUUUGAGAGAGCCCUCACUGAAACCCAGACUCCAGACAACCCCAGAAGUCCCAGACUGUCUUCCCCCCUAGCCUGGUAA